AUGGUGAAUAUGCAGAUGUUCCUGAGCUCUCCCGACUUGGCCACGCCGCAUGGCGGGCCUCCCUUCCAAGGCUGGCGAAAAGGAUUUGGCUUCGGGCACAGCCGAGGUCCAGGUGGGUAUAUGCAUGAACCCUCCAUGGUUCUCAAGUUGAAGUGCAGUCCGAAGUACGACCGCACUCUUGCAAGCAGUGCUUUCUGGAGAAAGAAGUGGGAGCUGGGCCAGGCCAAUAGUUUCGGCAUCGGAGACCGUCCGAGCUACAGUAGACCGGAGGAUGCGGACGUGGGUCCAAACACCUAUGGCGACUUUUCCAAGCAGGUUGACAAGGUGAAGCGAAAUGCCAUCCGACCUGGCAUCAAGCUCAAGGAGAGGUUUCCGACCUUCGAGGAGAAGAAGCGCGACUCCCGGUCCGGCGUCAGCGGGCCAGGGCCUGCCAAGUACAACACCAGCCUGCCCGCAGGCAAGUCCUCCUGGGUCUACCCCGCGAGGAAUCCAACAUGGUCACUGGGCGCACGGACCAUCCUGGCUCAGGACAAGGAGACCUUGGGCAAGCCUGGUCCCGAUGCAUACAGUUGCAUAACGCGGCCAGGAACAAACUCGCCUGUUCUGCGUGGCACUUUGUAUGACAUAACUCUAAAGACCAGGACGAAGGUUCACCAGCUGGGCGAAGCAAGCCCCGGGCCAGCACGCUACAACGUGCAGGGCGAGCUGGCAAAGUAUGGUCUCGACCAGAAAAUUGCCAACGUCAAGGUCCCGCGGAAAGCACCACCAUCUCCUGGGAUGAGUAUCAUUCUGGAAGAUGAGGAUCUCGGUGCGGGGCUUGGCAUCUUUACAACAAAGCGGGAUGGCAGAAAGCCUUUGUAUGUCCUGCGGGCGACGAAGGGUGGGCCACAGCCUCGACAUGUCUGGAUUUGCCUGACUGCAUUGCGCGCCAUGGGAGCUUGCGUGGCGAGUGUGCUGCCCUGCAAGAGCAGCUCUUUGAUGGGAGAGGUUGAAACGGUACAAUCAGAGAAGAUGGCAGGUCGCGUUCCUGGCGUCACGGUAUCUUUGGAGGCUGUGAAAAUGGACAUCGCGGAGGAAGCUGGCAGUCCCAGUCCUCUCCUAGAGGCAGUGAUGGCCGGUCGUACUUUGGAUAUGGAGCGGGCCCAGGCAAUUGCCAGAGACAUUGCGAAGCCGGACUACACCAUUGGCAAGUAUUUUCAGGACCUGAUGGCCACUUUUCCAGAGCUGCAUUUGUUUGGCCUUGAGGGGAUGUCUGUUGACACGCUGGAGUUCAAACGAGAUGUCCUUUAUGGCGGACGCGUGGCCGGAGAUGAGUUCCAAAGAACCAUUGGGGCAUUCUUCGCCAUUUACUGGCUAUUGCGUUCGAGCAUUGAUGGCAAGCACGGGUUUUGUCAUGGGGUCGAUGACUCCUGGAGGCCAAUGCCUUCACGUGAAGGUGAGAGCGACAAGUGUCGUGUGUUCUACGGCGAUGAGACGAUAUGGAAGUACUUCCAGGACCUGAUGCUCGACGCAGGCGUUCUUGUCCAAAAGGGCUCGAAGCUGGAAGUGGACUCUGAAACCACCCUGGCUCUCCUGGUGCUGACCGCCUUGCACGACGUGAUGAAGGUCAGCUUGUUGCUGCCGGUGGUUCAAAAGGCUGACGCUCCAUACAGAGGCUAUGGCGAGUCGGAGGUCAUUGCAGACCACGAUCUGGCAAUUUUUUAUCUCAUCGAGCGCUAUCCGCAGCUGCUGCCAUCACUGAGCAGUUUGAAGCCAGACCUGCAGUCCUCCGUCCAAAUGGUGCUCAGCGGCCUCGCCUUCAACAACGGCUGGUUUGUGCAAGCAGAGGCUCCACCAGGAGCCGUGUUGCGCGGAAUCAAGGCUGCCAUCACCUCGCAGAACAAGUCUGAUCGGCAAGUCAGCAAGCGAGACUUGAGCUUGUACUUUGUACACUGGCUGACGGAUCUGGCCGGCGCUGAGCCUUCGCCACUGUUUGGAUGCCUAAAGCUUACCAGCCAGCUUCCUCUUCCUGUGCUGAAGAGCUUCAUGGAGUCGGUGAAGUACAUUCAGCAACUGGCAGAGCGCACCGAGACGGAGGUUAUGGAAAGCUAUCUGAAGGAUCGCUGGAAGAAUGCUCAGCCACCGGUGGGUCCGCUGCCGAGCGGGCCAGAGGCUCUUGUCAAGACGCGCUUGCUUUGCAUGGCCCAAGGCAUGGCAACGCAAGUGUUGGAAGCCUUCGACAAGUUGAGCGACGCAGACAAAGAGGUCCUCAGCGUGGAAAUGUCCCGGACUGGUACGGAGAACCAGAGCUUUUCAGAGGGAUUUGUGCCAUCCAGUGUGAGGGCGCGUUUGGCGGGACCAGCAUUCCUGGUUUACUAUGGCCCAGCAUUCUUGCAGAGGAUGCACAACGACAGUCCGCUGAGACGUCUCGAGAUUUUGGCUGAAAUCUAUCGCCGCGCUCGGAAACUUUGGCCUGCUACCAAUGAUCAAGCGGGAAGUUUCGUUACGCUGCGGAUCGAUGCCAUCACUAUCCAGGGGAAGUGGAGCUCUUCGGAUCCCGAGCUUUUGUUGCUGAGGAUGUGCAGCAACAAGCAGGCAGUCAUUGAAAGGAAGCCUGAGGCAGACCCAAAGACGACCAACGUCAAAGAGGAGAAUACCGAAAUCUUGUUUGCACCGGAGAUGCAAAACGGACCCGCUGGCGUGGACAUUUGCUCCCAAGAGGAGAUGAUUCGGCGGGUGAGCAACGAGAUCUUGAACUCCGGGCGUUGGUACCGCAAAGUCGCUUUUGCUUUCCUGCGCCGUGCUCAACCAGGAGAGAUCAUUACCACCGUCGUGGAUGGCAAAGAGGAAACUGUAAAUACUGCAGUCGAUGGCGACUACGUUGUGCAAGCCAACACUCGGUGGAAGGAAAACUAUAUCCUUUCCUAUGCGACUACAUCGGCAGCUUAUGAUUUGGCGACUCCCUUGGAAAUCCCUCAUGGCCGGGAGGAUGCCCAGCAGCUGCGCAAGGACGGAUACCGAUGCUACAGGUCUCGCACUCGCAUUCGCGCAUUGCGCGCCACGGAUGAGUUUCUCCAGAGGCACUGUCCUUCAAAGAAGUUUAUGGCCAAAUGGGGCUCCCCGUGCUCGGUGGAAGUCGAUGACAUCAUAGCCGCACAAGUCAGCGCAAACUCCGAAGUGACGGAGAUCUACAGGAUCGAGAAGACCGUUUUCCGAGAAACUUUCAUCCCGGAGCAGAAGUGA